ACGAAUCGAACCAUGAAGUGAACAGUGUCUGAGUCGCACUCCCUGACAUCUACUCUCAUCGCUCGCACUCGGUCUCGUCUCGAUUUUCGAAGGCAGGACCGACCACCUGCUGCUGCUCCGUGCUCCGCCUUCGUUCCCUUGCUGUGCUGCUGCCCCUCUUCGUUCCCCAGCUGCUGCUGCGGUGCUGCUCCCUCUCUGUAGCCCCUGCUGCUGCUGCUGCUCGCUGCACUGAGCCGAGGCUUGUCGAGCUUGAGCUCUAGCUCGAGCCUUCAAUUUGUAUAACGUGCCGAACUCCCAGGCUAGACCAACCAUUGUAUAAUGGAAGAUAAGUCCUCUGGAUCGCCGUCGAGUCUCGUUGAUCAACCAGUCGUUCCAGGGGAUGUGGUUCUUGACCUCUCAACAAUGCCCAACCAAACAAUCAAGCUCGGAGGCGGCCUUCGGCAGGAUGCUGACGUGAUUACGGUUAUGAAAGCUGGAAGGCUGAGGUUCUUAAAGCCGAACAAGUACUGGGUUGAGAGCUCUCAGAAGAGGUAUGUGCCCCGUGUGGACGAUAAUGUCCUUGGAAUCGUUGUAGACACUAAAGCAGAUAACUUUCUUGUUGACAUAAAAGGUCCUGCAAUAGCUUUUCUGCCUGUACUUGCAUUCGAAGGAGGAACCAGGAGAAAUAUACCAAAAUUUGAGGCAGGUACUCUGGUUUAUGUUCGAGUUGUGAAGGCAAAUCCUGGUACUAAUCCUGAGCUUUCCUGCACUGAUGCUAGUGGAAAAGCAGCGGAAUUUGGUCCUUUGAAAGAUGGUUUCAUGUUCGAAUGUUCAACUGGUCUAUCAAGAAUGAUGCUGAGUUCUCCAACUUGUCCAGUUCUCGAGGAAUUUGGGAAGAAGCUAUCAUUUGAAGUAGCGGUUGGUUUAAAUGGCCGAGUUUGGGUGAAUGCAGCAUCUCCAGCCACCGUCAUUGUCGUCUCUAAUGCCAUAAUGAAGUCAGAAUCUUUAAGUAGUACGCAGCAAAGAAUCAUGGCCCGUAAAUUGCUUGAGAAAGUUCAGUGAUUGUUCUUCUGCCCAAUCUCUCAUCCAAAACCUCUCAAUUUUGAUGCUCACUGCAAUGUAUGUUGCACGAUCUGCUUGGAUAUCACGAUCUUUGUGAAAAGUGAAGGAAGCUCUCUGGCAAAGUCCUUUGGCUCGGUUCAGCCAUGGGCAUCAUUCAGGGAUGUGUGUCUCUUUGUUAAAUAAGCAAAGCAUGAUCCACCUUUUGAUACUCAAACAAGUCCCAUGUUGCCCGAGUUUUUGACUGAAUGAUAUCUCGAGGUUCGAUAAACUCUUAGCAUCUCUUGUUUGCUAAUGAUCCGAUCUGAAGGAAUGCUUUUUUAUCCAGCUGAGUAUUGUGAUUCCACUUUA